GUCAACUUUUCUCCAUCACCAACAGAGUGCCACCCUUCCCCUGCCGGAUUGCUCAUCCGCUUUAUCCUUCGAGCUGCAGCUCCCGCCUCAGCGACGAUUUGCACAAGCUCGGUCAGCGUAUCGCUAUUCCUAGUGACUACUGGACCUGGGGGCAGCGAUUCCUUCCGUCAACAACAAACCCCCGCAAUCGCCGUCGGCACCAGCGCUUGUCACCCCCGACCGCAAGCACCCUCUGCCUUCAUCACCAUGGCGGAGCGAUACAUUCCGGAGCAUCGCCGGACGCAGUUCAAGGCGAAGAACACCUUCAAGCCAGAAGAGCUUCGCCGCCGCCGCGAGGAGCAGCAGGUUGAGAUCCGCAAGGCGAAGCGCGAGGAGAACCUGGCCAAGAGGCGAGGCAUUGGAACCGGCGAGAACCGACCCGGUGCCUCGCUCGGCGCCGCACCCGACAGUGAUGACGAGUCGGCUCCCACAGAGUCCCAGCUUAAUGAGGACCUUCCUCAGAUGGUUCAGGGCGUCUUCUCCGAGCAAAUUGACGCUCAGAUCUCCGCCACUACCAAGUUCCGCAAGCUCCUGUCCAAGGAGCGCAACCCUCCCAUCGAGGAGGUCAUCAAGACCGGUGUCGUCAGCCGCUUCGUCGAAUUUCUGCGAUCGCCCCAUACGUUGGUGCAGUUCGAGGCCGCCUGGGCCCUGACCAACAUCGCCUCCGGGUCCGCCACCCAGACUCAGGUGGUCAUCGAGGCUGGCGCUGUCCCCAUCUUUGUUGAGCUUCUGGCCAGCCCUGAGCCCGAUGUUAGGGAACAGGCCGUCUGGGCUCUCGGCAACAUUGCCGGCGACAGCCCCCACUGCCGCGACUACGUCCUUAGCUGUGGCGCGCUGAAGCCUCUACUGAACCUCCUCGGAGACAGCCGUAAGCUUAGCAUGCUCCGCAACGCGACGUGGACCUUAAGCAACUUUUGCCGCGGAAAGACGCCCCAGCCUGAUUGGAACAUGAUCUCCCCUGCCCUCCCAGUCCUCUCCAAGCUCGUCUACUCCCUCGACGACGAGGUCCUCAUUGAUGCAUGCUGGGCCAUUUCGUAUCUGUCGGACGGCUCCAACGACAAAAUUCAGGCUGUCAUCGAAGCCGGCAUCCCCCGCCGCCUGGUGGAAUUGCUGAUGCACGCCUCCACCUCUGUCCAGACGCCCGCUCUUCGGUCCGUUGGCAACAUCGUCACGGGUGACGAUGUUCAGACGCAAGUCAUCAUCAACUGCGGAGCGCUUCCUUGCCUCCUGUCUCUUCUCAGCUCCACUAAGGAUGGCAUUCGCAAGGAGGCAUGCUGGACCAUCUCCAACAUCACCGCCGGCAACUCGUCUCAGAUCCAGUCUGUCAUCGACGCGAAUAUUGUUCCGCCGUUGAUCCAUCUUCUUCAGAACGGUGACCUCAAGACCCGCAAGGAGGCCUGCUGGGCUAUCAGUAACGCUACUUCCGGUGGCCUGCAGAAGCCUGAGCAGAUCCGGUACCUGGUGUCUCAGGGCUGCAUCAAACCCCUGUGCGACCUCCUGACCUGCCCGGACAACAAGAUUAUCCAGGUCGCCCUCGACGGCUUGGAGAACAUUCUCAAGAUCGGCGACCUUGACAAGCAGGCGGCGGGCGAGAGCGCUGAGUCCAUCAACCGCUAUGCCCUCUUUAUUGAAGAGUGCGGUGGCAUGGAGAAGAUUCACGAGUGCCAGAACAAUGCCAACGAGGAGAUCUACGUCAAGUCCUACCACAUCAUCGAGAAGUACUUCUCGGACGAUGUCGAGAAUGCCGACGAGGGCAUGGCCCAACCGGCCGGCCCUAAUGGCACCUUCGGCUUCGGCACCAACGCGCCCGCCCAGUCGGGCGGCUUCAACUUCGCCAACGGAGGCGACUCGAUGGACAUGUAGAAGCGUGCUGCUUCUCCCCACCAACGCCACUGUGCGCAAACAUCACAGUGGCGCCGGGUUUUUGUUCUCGUCUAUACGACAAUACACAUCCCCGAAACCAAAUACCCCUACCCCAGUCAUAUCACCCUUCGCCCGCCCGUCGGCCCCUCGUGGCAGGUGGCGUGGCGACAAUCACCAUCCCCUAUAUCACCAACGCAGCCCCCUGUCUUGAAUCUGGCAUGAAGAACGUUGCGCAGGGUGAGAGUGUCCUGGCAAGAACGCAGGCCCUAUGGUAGCUUGAAAGCUCCAGCCUGAGCGGAGGUUAGCAGUCGCGAGAUGAGAAAUGAAGGUUGAUACGCCGGUACGAGAGAAGGUGCAUCGACGGAACUGCGGCUCAUCGAGGUGGCCAAGGACUUCACUCAUGUCAUGCCAUGACUGGGCUGGAGAGGAUCGUGGACGACUGGCAAGGAAUGAAAAGCUUAGCGUCGACAACUGAAGCCUCAAGCCGUCCUGGACCCGGUGCCAGUGCACCCGGGUCUUUGCAUGCACGACGCGCGUCGUGACCGACCUGGCGACCAAGUGGUCGCGGGUCACAAUAGGACAACGACGUAGCGAAUGAGACUUUUUGACGAAGACUUGGUGUCUAAGGACACGCGUGACGUGAGCAAGAUGAUUUGUGCGAGACGUUCUCCCGAAAUGAUGAUGUCGGUGUCGUCUGAAGAGGACUCUUGGGUUUUCCCAAUGUCGAAAGUGGCCAUUAUCCUCUAAUAAUAGAGUCAGAGC